AUGGACAUCGCUCUCACUCGUCCACACAGUGUGGCAGGGUCCCCUGAGCCGAUGGCUUCCGAAGCGAAGCCGGUCAAGAGGCGAAGAUAUGAACCGGAUUUGACCAUCGCCGUUGAUGACGGGGAGCUGGAAGUACAUUCACUCCUCUUGGUGAUGACUUCUCCCGUCUUCGCGGGCAUGCUGAACAGUCCUAUGAAAGAGGGCCAUGGCGAAAGAAUCCAACUGCCGGGUAAAUGCAAAAGCGAGUUGGAGGUGUUUUACAGAUGUCUGGAGCCUUGCACAGUUCAGCCUCUAAGCCUGGACAGCGUUUCUUUCCUUAUCCGCUGGGCGGAUGAAUACCAGGUCCAGGCUCUGAAAGACAAAUGCGAAGCGUUUCUGAUAUCCAACGCAGCUGUUGACGGUCCUGGCCUGCAGUUUGCAGUGAAGUAUGCCCUUCACGACCGCACGAAGCAGUGUCUCACCGCCAUGAAGUCCAACGUGCAAGAGCACAUCGAGGAUCUGCGUGUGCUCACCGCCAAGGAUUGUCAACAAUACCUUCAGGAGUUCUGGCCCUUGAUUGUCAGCAAAGCCGGAUUGACCGCUGGGACCGUCGACCUGCCUCCUCCAGAGCAUGUGGCAAGCAUGUGGCCGUUUCUGGUCCAAGCUGUCCGCUACAAGACGCGAAGUGGGAGGGACCCAUUUUGGUCCGUUAUCCACGGGACUUUCGGCUAA